UGUUCCAGUCACAGAGAGUUGAAUACAAGAAACAAUCAAUGGAGGAUAGUAGGUUAGAGUCACUAUAAAGGGGAGCGUAUUCUCCAUUAGCCUUGACACAACCCCCCUCGUCUACCUUAUAAAUUCACUUUUUUGGCCUCUUAAACUCCAGUGCUCUGUUUUUCCAACAAUGGCAGAACAUGAGUCACAUGACAACACUAGCAACUCCUCCUCGUCUUCACCACCAUUUCCUUACUCAGAAAAAUCCAAGGCUAGUCAAGAAGUAGUAGAAUCAGCCAGAAGACCCAAAAGAGCAAGGGACUCGAGCAAGCACCCGGUGUACAGAGGAGUGCGGAUGCGAAGUUGGGGCAAAUGGGUGUCCGAAAUUCGCGAGCCUCGCAAGAAAUCGAGGAUUUGGUUAGGCACAUUCACUACGCCGGAGAUGGCGGCGCGCGCCCAGGACGUGGCGGCUCUGGCAAUUAAAGGUGAUUCGGCAAUACUUAAUUUCCCUGACCUCGUCGAGUUGCUGCCACGACCGGUCUCCUCAAUGCCUCGCGACAUUCAGACUGCUGCUGCUGAAGCGGCUGCCAUGAUCAAUUUCGAUUCAUUAUCAUCCUCAUCAGAAUCAUCACCGUUGAUUUCUGAUGGCGUGUCAGCAGAAGCAGAGUCUGAAGAAUUGAGUGAAAUUGUGAAGUUACCCAAUAUUGAAGAGAGUAUUAUCGAGUCUUGGGGAAGUGAUUUUUCAUUGGUUGACUCGCUUGAUGGUUGGGUAUAUGAAUAUCCAUGGCUGGACUUCUAUAGAGCAUUCCCUGAUCAUAUAUAUGAAACAGAGACCUUGAUUUUGGGGAGUCUUUUUGGAGAUUAAUUCCAUGUAGUAAUAGGAUCUACAGUGACACUAGGUUAUAGCUAUACCCAAGUUGUCUUUUUAGUUAAAUUUGAUAUUUUGUCAUUGUAAAAUAUAAUAUAUAUAAUAAUUUAUACAUUUAUAUAACAAGUUUCCUUCUCUUUUUUCCAC